AUGGAUGAAGAUGGGCUUGAAGCGAUGGAGGAAUUCGUAUCCGGGCCCUUGGUCACCUGGGAUGAGCUCCACCAGGUGAUCCUUUCCCCACCUCCAAAUCUCCAUCUAAUGGUCAGAGAGCCCUUCACAGUGGAGGCCGUUCAGGAGAUGAAGAAAUUGGUACAGCUGUUGCUAGGAAGCGCCGUUCAGUGUGAAGAGCGAGAUGUGUUCAUUGGCCGAAUCCAGUCGCUGGACAUUAGCGUGCAAGCAGCUUUGGCGUCCGCGAUCAGAGAGGUUAGCCAGGAGCCAGAAAAUGUCCUGGGACUGCAGUGGAGGGAGAUGGACCCAGCCAGCAUGCAGCAGCUCCUGUGGGAUCUUGGGGCCCGAGUUCAAAAGCUGGUCUCCGAGCGAGAUGCAGGAUUGGAGAACCGCACGUUGGUGGGCGAAGCGCGCCAAGCCAGACUAUACCAGGAUGAAUUGGAUGCCUUGCGAGAGAAGGCAGUUCGGGCAGAGCGGCUUCAGUCGGAGCUGACGGCCCUGAGGGAAAGGAUGCCAGCUUUGGAACGAUGCCGAGCGCAGCUCAAGGAGGAGCGCGACUUCUCCAAGGCCCUGUUGGAAGCAAAAGCCACCAUGGAGGAAGAACUAGACGCCGCUUACGCCCGGGGCCAGCGCCUGAGUCGAGCGGAGAAAGAAAACUUGAAUCUGCAAAACCACUUGAACCAGAUCCAAGAGGAACGGGAGCAGCUUUCUUACCGAUCGGAGGAGCUUCUGAGAGAGAAUUUGGCCCUGAAGAAGCAGCUGCAAGAAACUUUAAAGAAUUCCCGGACGGAAUCGUGCUCCGAAGACUCUCACUGGGACACAAAUGAAUUCCCUGAAGUGCCCCUUCUGCUGGGCUCUGAGAUGAAGGAGGCCGAUCGACUGCCAGCCUUAGAGAAGGAGAAUCGGGAACGUCGCAGGUCUAAAUCAAAGAAUAUAGAAGCAGAUCUGAAGAACGCUAACCCUGAUGAGCUGCCAGAACAGCGGCCCAGCCAGGCUGAAGAGGAGAACCUGACAGACGUGCAAGAACGCAAGCCAGGGAUUUUGACGCAUCGAAAGAGCAAAACAGCGGAAGGCCAGGCGCCGAAGCCGGAAUCCGAGACUUCGCUCGCUGAAAUCAAGGCCGCCUUAUCCAGAGCGCAGACUCAACUGCGGGAGGCUGAGCAGAAGCGGGAGGCCGAAUCCGGACAGGCGGCGAGCCUCCAGGAGAAACUGAGGCGCGUUCAAGAAGCCUACGCCGAAGCCCAGGAGGAGUGCGACCGGUGGCACUCGGAGGCGGAGCGUCUGGUUGAAGAGAUCCAGGCUCUGGAGCGUGAGAAGGAGACUUUAAAAGCCGGAUCCCAGGUGUUGCAAGACGCGGCCACCCGGGCCGAGGUCAACCUCAGCCAGGCGCAGCAAAGUCUUCGCAAGGCACAUCUUCGAAGCACCCAGCUAGCCCAGAAACUCCAACAGAAAGAGGAAGAGUUGGGGGAAGCUCAGCAGGAGCUCCAGAACCUGCAACGGAGCUUAGAGCACCACAGGGUCUCCUUGGCCCAGCUGGGGGCUGAGAAAGAGGCUUUGGAAGAGGCGCUGGGCCAAGCGGAGAGCUGCCGGCGACAAGGGGACAAGGAGAGUUGGCGGCUGAAGGCCAAAACCCAGGCACAGGAGGAGGCGCUGGCGGAGCAGGGCCGCCACCUGGCCCUCCUGGAGGCUCAAACUCGCCAGCAGGCAGCGGAACUCAACAGCCUACAAGAAGUUCUCCAAAGUCUUGGCGAGCUGGAACAGGAGAACGCGAGCUUGAGAAAGCGACUGGAACACCAGGAGAAAGCCGCCGCCAUGCUGGAACAGGAGUUGGCGAGAGAAAAGGCCGGGCCCUCCAGAGAGAAUCCGGACGAGCUCCAGGAGCAGCUCUGGAAGGAGCAGCAAAAUCCUCAGCCGGAGACCGGGAGCAGCCACCCAAAAACCAGGAACAGUCCCAAAGGCCAGCCCGAGAGCGCCCCCAUUGGGCGGUUCGAGGAACUGCACCUCCCCAAGGAACCGCCGGUUCAGCCUCAGGAUACAGCCCUCCAAGGUGAGGAUUCGGCGAUCACCGGGCGCCUGACCCAACUGGAGUCCCUGGCCAGCAGCCUGGAGACGGUGCUGCUGGGCCUGGCACGGCCAAAGGCAGAAGGCAAGGAAGGAGACGGGCACCGACAACCUGGGAACCGCACGUCGCAGCGCUCUCUCCUGGCAAGGCAGCUGUCCGAGGUCCGGCAGAGGCAGGGCCGCCACGAGGCUGAAGUUCAGACGGUCCGGCUGGAGGCGGAGGCCUGGCGGAGACGCUACGAGCACCUCUGCCUGGAUCACGACCACUUGGCGCUGCUACAUCGACAGCAGGGCGACGAGCUGGAGAGGACGCUAAGCGAGCAAGCCGGCCUCAAAGCAGCGCUGCGCAGCCUGGAGAAGGAGCAGCGGGAACUGGAGGGCAGGUGCGACCAACUCUUGGGGCAGAAGAGCAGCCUGGAGCUACAAGAGGUGGCACUGCAGGCCCAGAAGGAACGGCUCGAAGUAGCCAAGCGACAGCACCAGGAUUUGGCUGAGCAACACGCCAACUUAAAAGAAGAACAUGAGCGGGUCAAACAAGCGUUGGUCCAGGCCGAACGGGCCCAGGAUGACCUCCAGGGUGAGCUUCAAGGAAUGCAGAACCGGUUGACCGGCUUGCAACUGGAACAGGCAAAGCUGGAAGCUGAAAACGCUGCCUUGAAAGAGCAGAACCAGCAGCUGGACACGGCCUUGGGGCGCCUGAGCACCCAAUGUGAGCUGCUCGUCCAGUUGAAGGGCAAACAGGAGGAAGAGAACCGGCAUCUGCUUCAGGAGAUCCAGCUGUUGAGCAGGGAGAACAGACAGCUGUUGGAACGCAGCAUGGAGAACCGAGAACAAUUUCAGGAGGAGCAGCGUCAGUACCACGAUAAAUUAGGCGAAUUGCGUCGAGAGAAACAGAAACUGGUGGAGAAAAUUAUGGACCAAUACCGGGUGCUGGAACCCGCCAUUCCCCGGGGCAAGAAGAGUAACUGGAUUGCUGGCAAGAUAAGGAGGCUGAUGAAACUUCGCAGAGAGCAGCCACGCCCCAUGGCGGAGGGAGCGGGCAGCAGCAGCGAGAGCCUGGCCGGGCCAGAGGACCAUGGGCUUGAUAGUACAGGUGAGGGCCGGGCCAAUUUGGUCAAAGGACGGAGGGUGCGCCAGCCAGUUACCAACCGUCUGAAUUUUGACCACGUGUCUGUGGGCGUGCUGCAACGGUCCGAAGUGUGA